AUGCGCGCGGCCGCGGGCCCCGCGGUGGACGCGGGCGGAGGCAGCGCCGCGGGGACGCCGAGCGAGGGCCCGGCGGCCGACUGGGACGCGGCCGUGGCCGCCGGCGUGGGCGGGGAUGUGGGCGCGCGGCGCGCGCUGAGCGACGUGAUCGACGAUCUGGGCCUCGGGCUGUGCCAGGCUCGGGUGGUCUUCUUCGCCGGCUUCAUCUACGUCCUCGCUGGGGUGAACCUGUUCUUCAUAACCACUUUCUCGGUGCCGAUCGCCGUGGAGCUCGGCCUCGUUCCCUGCCAGAAGGCGGCGCUGGGCUCGGCCGCGUUCGCGGGGAUGUUCGUCGGCAACAUCGCCUGCCUCAAGAACGACAGCGUCGGCCGGCGGAGGCCCCUGCUGCUCUCCAUGCUGGGCGUGCUGCUCUUUGCUGGCGCGUCCUCGGUCGUGCACAACUUCUGGUCGUUGCUUGCUCUGUGGAUUCUCAUGGGCGCCUCUCUAGGCCUCGGCGUGCCAACGUACAACGCCCUCUGCAUGGAGACGACGCCGUCCGAUUGGAGGUACCAUGCCAACGCUGUCUCCAUGACACUGUUCUCCGUCGCGACCGUGUGGGGCGCUUCUAUAUCUUACGUGUUCGCGUCCGAUGCGGUCAGCUCCAGGCAGCACUGGGCCACGAUCGUUCAGUGUUCCAGCGUCCUGAACUCGCUCUUCGUGGUGCUCGCUGUGGUGCCAGGCUUCGUCGAAUCUCCCACCUUCUUGAUGAGGCAGAGGAGGCUUGCGGAAGCGCGCGAGCAGCUCGAGGCGAUGCGUCUUCAGAACGGGAGGCCCGACGUCAGUCUGAAUUUUUCGGUGGAUGGCAGCAGGCCCCGAGCUCCUAAUGUGUUGGAUUCCUUCGCGACCGUGUUCAGCCGAGCCUAUCGGCCCGUGACGCUUGUCCUCGGCUUCACCACGUGCUUGCUGAAUUUCAUUUCCUACGGGCAGUACUACGCGCUGCCGCAGGUGCUGGGCUCUGUGGACCUGGGGGUGUCGCCCUCGCAGAGCAUGCUGGUGUCCACGCUGUCCGAUACGGCCGGAUACGGUCUUGGCUGCGUGCUCGCGCCCCGCAUGGGUAGGAAGAUGCUGGCCCUCACGUAUCUCGUGGGCACCGGGGUGUCCAUGGCCGUGUUCGUCUGUGGCCUGGAGGUGUUGCUGCUUACCGCCGCAGCCCAGGGCGCUGCGGACGGCCCGCCGAGGCAGCGCACGGCGCUGGCGCUGGUGGAGCUGGGCUUCAACAGCGGGCGGCUGUUCAUUUCCGUGGGCUGGUCCUUUGCCUACACGUACGUCGGGGAGGCGUUCCCCACGCGCGCGCGGGCCGGCGGCUCGGGGGUCUGCAUUGCUUGCGGCCGCAUCGGCAGCUUCUCGGCCCCGUGGGUCUUCGAGGCCCUCCUCGCCCGGACGGGCACCGGCCUGUGGUACUUCGUCGCCGCGGGCGUGUUCUGUGUGGUGAACGCCGUGCUCGUCCAGCUGGUGCUGCCGGAGACCAAGGGCGUUCGUAUAGAUGACGAGGCGGACGAGGAUGCGUCGACCGCCUCGCUGCUCUCGGAGGACGGGAGCGAGCAGAGUUGA